UCACCAUUAUAUCUUCAACUACCAGAAGGGCUGGACAAUGCUGUGGUUACUUAUACUUUUUGCGUUAUGCUGUGUCUAUAUAUAUUUGUCUAUCAAAAUGUACCCUGGGGAUAUGCCAGUAUAUCCCGGCCGUGUACCAAUUUUGGGCAACAUCUCUUUGCUCUUGGGGGAUUCAAUUGCUUCAUGGCAUUACAUAAAGAAGCUGACGGAAUACACAUACAAUAAUGGACACGUUUCCGUUGUUUACGCAGGAAUUAUGCCAAUUUAUCUAAUUACGGAUCCGGAUGACUGCUACAAGGUGCUGACGACGUGCUUAGAAAGGCCUGGCUUUGCGAAUAAGUUUCUAAAACAAUUCCUUGGUAAUGGUCUUCUGACUGGACCAGAGGCAAUUUGGAAGCAACACCGUAAGUUAAUAAACCCAGCCUUCAAUCAACAAGUAGUAGACAGCUUUAUGGGAAUUUUUAAUGCUCAGAGUCGACGUUUGGUUGAAACAUUGAAAAACCAUGUGGGCAAGGGACAGUUCGACCAUCAUGACUAUUUGGAGAAAACCGCCUUGGAGACUAUUUCUCUAACAAUGGCGGGAGUAGACAUUAGCAAUCAGAAAGAGUUCAACUACAAAUGUCUUAUGGCAUUCCGUGCUGUCGUCGACGGCGUCAUAGCGAGAGCCAAAAACCCACUCUACUACUUCGAUAAUAUAUACAGAACGUCAGAAUUGAAGAAAAUAGAAGACGCUCAUGUCAAAAUAACUCAUGAGUUAACUGAACAGUAUUGUAAUAUACAGAUUUUCUUUAAAACGUGUUAUUUAUCGGUCCUGAAAAAAAAGCGUGAGGUGUACGCAACCGAAGAAAAUAAAGAAUAUUCAGAAAAAAAAUUUAAACCAUUCCUUCAUCGUUUGCUGGAUUUUAGUAAUACACUAUUAAGCGACAAUGAUAUUAAAGACGAAAUGAAUAAUAUUAUGUACGCGGGCUCCCAAUCCAGCUCGGCAGUUCUUGCCUAUACGAUGUUAAUUCUAGGUACAUACCCCCGUAUACUAGAAAAAUGUCAACAAGAAAUUCGUGACAUAUUCGGCGAAUCAGAUAGAGAUGUGGAGAAAGAAGACUUGACCAACUUGAAGUAUAUAGAUGCAGUUCUAAAAGAAACGAUUCGACAAUGUCCGGUAGCACCAUUUACUGGUCGAUUAAUUACUGAAGACAUCCAACUUAAAAAUACAGUUCUUCGUAAAGGGUAUCCAUGCGCUAUUCUAUUAUACGGUAUGCUUAAUAACCCAGCUCUAUGGGGUAAAGAUGCUAGUGAAUUUAUACCAGAAAGGUGGUUGGAUGGGAGACUUCCAAAAAACUCUAAUGCUUUAGGCGCCUUUGGUUUUGGAAAAAGAAAUUGUGUUGGUAAAGUAUAUGCCUUUACUACAAUGAAGGUUUCCCUGGUACAUAUCCUUCGUAGGUAUAAGAUGACAGGAAAUUUUUUCAACAUGAAAUUGAAGAACCAAGUUAUUAAUAAGCCAGCUGGCGGCCACGAAAUUAGCAUAGAAUUCGCCUAAAAUUUCUUAAUAAUGCACUAGAUAAAUGCCGAUUACGUAUCUACAUGAAUUACUAAUCGAAGAAAACUUUACUUCAUACCUCAUUGACUAUAAAAGUAUUUGAUUUUGUUAUUCUAUCUUAUAUUUGAUUUACCUUCUUGCAAGUUAUGAACUAACAUAUAAAGUACGAUUAUUUAUAAUUUUACUUUUCUUUAUUAAAUAAAAUCACUGCAACCAGGUAAAAAGUAUAAUAAAAUACUGUAACUACUAUUAAAUAAAAUCUGAGAACCAAGAUUAAAAGUACAACAAUAUGACAUAAAACAAAAAUAAUAGACGCGGCUAAAAUAGUGUGCCAAGCAAAUUAUUAUUUCUAAAUGUUAAAGUGUAUUUUUUUCUUAAUUCAAAA